GGCCAAAAGUUUGUUGCCCUCAAGCAGUGCCUGCAGCUGUGUUGCCUCUUGGCCACAUUCAUUUUGGCUGGAUUCUUCAGUACGGCUGGUGCCAAGCCAACCAUAUCCUUUAGUUUUCCCCAAGGACUACAAGGCUUUCCGACGUUUACCUCAUUUACACAACAGAUUAUUGAAAAUCGCAGUGCAAGACAAAUGAAAACUUAUAGUGGCAAACGUUUAACGAACGACUCAUUACUCAUGAUCUACUAUCACGAUUCGACAAUUGCGGUUACGGAAUUGGGACCACAAAAACUUUUAUUGGGUUGUGAACUGAUUGAAAUUUACAAUGAACAGGAAGGCAAAAUGCUUUUGGAAAACCUUUCCAAAUAUAAUCGUCCCCUGGAAAUAAAAUUCGACGAAAUGUUAAAAUUAAUGCGACAAUGUGAACGUGUCGACAAGCUAACCUAUGCCGCAAGAAAUACAGGAAAAUCUUCUGAUACACCGUCAUCGACUGAGACGAAUAUUGCCUUAAAUUUGGCGGCAAAUAUUUUCCCCAAAAGUCCUCUGUCAAUUCUGAGUGGUAUUAUACCAGGUACAAAAUGGUGCGGUACUGGUGACAUAGCAGAAACUUAUGAUGAUUUAGGUACUGAAACUCAAAUGGAUCGUUGUUGUCGCCAGCAUGAUUUGUGUCCAGUGAAAAUUCGAGCCUACCAAAGAAAAUAUGAUCUCACCAAUGAUUCGCUGUACACAAAGUCCCAUUGCAUCUGCGAUGAUAUGCUAUUCUCCUGUUUGAAAAAGACCAACACAUCGGCAUCACAGCUCAUGGGUUCGAUAUAUUUCAAUUUGGUGCAGGUACCCUGUUUGGAUGGUGAGAAGGAUCAAUAUCAAUUUCGGGCGGCCAAGGAGGGUUUCUGAGA